CAUGCCCGGGACGCGACUACUCCUCCGCCUGGCUCUCCUCUGCGGCUACACGCAGCUCCUGGCCGAAGCCAGCUCUUGGUGGUCAUUAGCGAUGAAUCCAAUCCAGAGACCCGAGAUGUACAUCAUUGGAGCCCAACCAGUAUGUAGCCAACUACCAGGGCUGUCCCCAGGCCAGAGGAAGUUGUGCCAACUAUAUCAGGAACACAUGAUGUACAUCGGUGAGGGGGCUAAGAACGCCAUCAAAGAAUGCCAAUUCCAAUUCAGGCAGAGGCGAUGGAACUGCAGCACAGUGGACAACACAUCUGUCUUUGGCAGAGUUAUGAGCAUUGGUAGCCGAGAAACUGCCUUCGCCUACGCUGUCAGCGCUGCAGGAGUUGUGAACGCCAUCAGCCGCGCCUGCCGCGAAGGAGAGCUCUCGACAUGUGGUUGCAGCCGGACAGCCCGACCCAAGGAUCUGCCCCGGGACUGGCUUUGGGGUGGGUGUGGGGACAAUGUGGAAUAUGGCUACCGGUUUGCCAAAGAGUUUGUGGAUGCCAGAGAAAGGGAGAGGAACUAUGCCAAGGGAUCGGAAGAGCAGGCCCGGAUACUCAUGAACCUACAGAACAACGAGGCAGGGCGCAGGGCGGUGUACAAGCUGGCUGAUGUGGCUUGCAAGUGUCACGGAGUCUCGGGGUCCUGCAGCCUCAAGACGUGCUGGCUGCAGCUGGCCGACUUCCGCAAAGUGGGGGAGUUUCUGAAGGAGAAAUACGACAGCGCUGCCGCCAUGAGAAUCGGCCGCAAAGGCAAGCUGGAGCUAGUGAACAACCGCUUCAAUUCACCCACCCCUGAGGACCUGGUCUACAUUGACUCCAGUCCGGACUAUUGCCUGCGUAAUGAGACGACUGGCUCCCUGGGCACAAAAGGGCGGUUGUGUAAUAAGACUUCGGAGGGCAUGGAUGGAUGCGAGCUGAUGUGUUGCGGCCGGGGCUAUGACCAGUUCAAGAGUGUGCAAGUUGAGCGUUGCCACUGCAAGUUCCAUUGGUGCUGUUACGUCAAGUGUAAAAAGUGCACAGAGAUUGUCGACCAGUAUGUCUGUAAAUGAAAAGCCCACGAGACCUACAAAUCUAUAUGAUAAUAAAUCUAUAUAAAUCUAUUUUAUAUAUAUUUGUAUAAAUAAAUAGAGGAAGAUGUUGAUGUUGUUGAUGAUGGCGAUGUAAUAAUUAUAAUUAAAGAAGCUUAUUUAAGAGACUGAAAUGCUUCCACUAAGACAACCAAUGGGUCACAGUGCUCCUUUUUAAAUUAUUUAGUCAUGGAGCAAGGAAAAGGAAGGAAAAAAGACCAGGGAUGGGAUUUCUGUACUUGUUCUCUUCAAACGACUCAGCCAGAAUAAAUGAGAAACAUGAGGAAUGGGGCUGGCUCCAGAUUCUUUGCCACAGAAGCAGUGAGAACGGGGAUGGUACUAAUGGCGGAGAUGUUCCUUCUGCUAACUGAUGGCUGAAAUUCAAAGAAGCUACAUGUGUCUUGAGGGCACAGCCAAAGAAAGCGCUUUGGAAGCUCAGAUGGAUUUCCAAAAGGACAGGAAACAGUUCUCUUUGCUUAACAACACACCAGAUUUUCCUCCCGCCAAAAGUCAAUUUUUAAUACCGAAGACCAAUUUCCAAGUAAGAAUCCAUGCAAGACUGUCUCCUAAGAACCUGGAUUCUACAGCAAAGAUUUGAAACAAAACCUUUACCUUUGUCCUAAAAUGUGCUGCUGUGUCCUUGUCUCAUGGGGGGGG